ACUGGUGCUGCGGGAAUGAAGUAUUUCUGUGUGUACUGGGAAGGAUCGGAAGAGGGGGGCAGCUGGUCGAUGGAGGGCUGCUCUCAUGUAUACAGCAACGAAUCCUGCACCAUAUGCAAGUGCUCCCACCUGUCCAGUUUUGCCGUCCUCAUGGCUCUAACACCAAAGGAGGAUCUGGUGCUGACUCUGAUCACCUACGUGGGGCUGAGCCUCUCUCUGCUGUGCCUCUUCCUGGCAGCCCUCACGUUCCUGCUGUGUCGGCCCAUCCAGAACACCAGCACCUCCAUCCACCUGCAGCUCUCGCUCUGCCUCUUCCUGGCCCAUCUCCUCUUCCUCACGGGCAUCAGCAGAACUGAACCCAAGGUGCUGUGCUCCGUCACGGCGGGGGCACUGCAUUACUUCUACUUGGCCUCCUUCAUCUGGAUGCUCCUGGAAGGGCUGCACCUCUUCCUCACUGUCAGGAAUCUCAAGGUGGCCAACUACACCAGUGAAAACAGAUUGAAGAAGAGGUUCAUGUACCCUGCAGGCUAUGGGAUCCCGGCUGUAAUUGUCACUGUGUCUGCAAUAGUUGGACACAAAAAUUAUGGAACAUACACUCACUGCUGGCUCAAGCCUGAAAAAGGAUUCAUUUGGAGCUUCAUGGGGCCAGUAGCAGCCAUUAUCACGAUAAACUUGGUUUUCUACUUCCAAGUUCUGUGGAUUUUGAGAAGCAAGCUUGCUUCCCUCAACAAAGAAGUUUCCACCAUUCAGGACACCAGAGUCAUGACAUUUAAAGCCACUGCUCAGCUCUUUGUCCUGGGAUGUUCUUGGGGCCUCGGUUAUUUUAUGGUUGAAGAAGUAGGGAACACGGUCGGAUCGGUCAUUGCCUACUCCUUCACCAUCAUCAAUGUCCUGCAAGGGCUUUUGCUCUUUGUAGUCCACUGUCUCCUUAAUCGCCAGGUACGCAUGGAAUAUAAGAAGUGGUUUAGUGGGAUGCGGAAAGGAGUCGAAACUGAAAGCACUGAGAUGUCUCAUUCUACUACACACACUAAAGUGAUAUUUACUGUUGGGGCUGACACUGUGGUGUAGCAGGUUAAGCCACUGGCUGCUCCACUUCCAAUCCAGCUCUCUGCUCUGGCCGAGGAAUGCAGUGGAAGAUGGCCCAAGUCUAUGGGACCCUGCACCCACCUGGGAGAUUCAGAAGCACCUGGCUUCAGAGCUGUGGCCAGCUGGGGAGUGACUCAGCAGAUGGAAGACCUCUCCC